AUGCAUAGUAGAAGAUCCUUGCAUCCAAGGCUAGAAAAUCCUUUCAUUAUUUCAUUCAAAAAUAAAAAUUCGAAAGAAAAAUUAAUUUUGAUGGAUUCUGAAGGAAGUAUAGGUCAAAUUGAGAACAAUCCUAUGGCCAUGAAAAAUCAUUAUAUCCCUGAUUCAUUUCAAAGAGCAUCCAAUAUUAGAGUCCCAUUAGCACCUACUGUUAAAUUCGAAAUAUAUCGUGAAAUUUUUCAAAUGCUCCCUAAUUUUCAUGGAUUGUCAUUAGAGGAACCUCAUCAGCACUUAGAAAAAUUUCAUAUGGUCUGUGAUUUAGUUAAUCUCCCUCAAGUUACAUCAAAAACUAUUAAGAUGAAAUUAUUCUCUCAUACACUUAGGGACAAAGCUAGUCAUUGGCUAUCCACAUUAGAUAGAGAAUUAACUAGCUGA